UUUCUUCCCUAGGAGUUUCUCGUUCCGAGUGGCAGGAGAAAGUGAUAGCUGUCCAGUUAGGUGGAGAGAAGCAUCUAAGUUUCCAUCCUUCUCGCUUGGGAAUGGCUAUUAAUUUGCCACAGCUUCUACAGAAUUAUCACAGGCUUGGCUUCCAACACCCACACAUGCCUGGGGAAGGUUUGGCUGUCAGGAAGUUUGGUAACUUAGAAACCUCUCCCUAACAACUUCGAUGAGAAAAGUCAUGUGUUCUCCUAGGCACUCUGCUGGGUUAUUUUUAACAGUCAAACUUGAGUGUGUGUGUGUGUAGUUGCCAUACCUUUUGGUGCUCUAUAUAAUUAGCCGUGUUCAGGGGGUGUCAUAUUCAAGACACCCUGGUCAUAAGAUAACAUGACUGCGAGCUAUCUCAAGAGAAAAAAAAAACCUCAAUUAUGACUAAUUCGCAUAAGCCCACUCAUGGCUAUUUAGAGACUAACACCUCCUUCAGGUAAAGCCGUUACACCCAACCUGCUUUUAUAACCCACCACCUCCUCCCCAGCUUAGCGACCAUCUGUUAACCAGAGGGAACACCAGCUCCCACCCCCACCCAGAACAAGGACAGGAUGCUGCAGGAAAACAGGUGUUUGGAGCACUGCAUGCACGGUGUCUUCACAGACACACCCGGCGCCCCAAACUCUGCCUUUGCCCUCAGUCCAGGCUCCUGGGACAACAUAAUCCCUGCCUGGCUCAUUUUACCACCUCUAGGGCCUGGCAGACACUCAACCACAAAGUGAUUUGACAACAUCUAGGCUGCCAGCAGAAGAGGCAAGUGGCCUGUUUACUUAAACACAAUAGCUAGGAAGCAGGAAACAAAACACUGGCCACCAUUUUCAAGAUGUUGCCAGAAGCGCAGGUGCCCAUUCCUUAGGAUUAUCACCGCAUGAACAGGAAGGAAGGGACAUUGGGUAGAAAUGAAAUCAAGAUUCCCGUUGUUUUCCGAUGGUGCCCACAAGCCACCACGGGGUCAGACCAUGCUACUUCACAGUCCAAAUCUAAACCUACAGCGAAAGCAGUCAAAUACAACCUCCUACGAACCAUCUGCUGGCAUAUACCGGGACACGUACACGUGCAUUGGUCUUUUAAAAUUGUUUAUCAGUUACUACCGCCCACUGCCGCCACCCCAUAGUCCCCAGCCUGGCUUACAAAAUUAAACUCUGUAAAGGAACCAAGCCGGGGGAUGGAGAGAGAGAGAGAAGACUGAAACCAUUCGCAGCUCUACCCCAAACCAGAGAUUAGAAUGUGGGAAACCACAAGCCACUGAGAGAGCGAAGCUUUGCGAAGAGAACCGGGGUUGAUUCCAGGAUAGAAGGGCGGGCGAGGGGGUUGGAGGAGAGGCCUCUAUUAUUUCCGCGGUCUGGCAGGCCUGGAAGCAAAGCUUCAAGUGCAGAAGGAGGAGUGUCGGGGAAUGGCAGAAAAGGCUGGAACAGCAAUGCAGACCUAGGUAAAGGGCACAGAGCUGAGGGAAGCUCCUGGGAGGCUCCCUGCAGCUCCUGCCUCUGCACAUGACCCGGACUCCUUUUCUCUCUUUGGAUCUGCGUCCAGGGACUGGCUUGUACACACCCCUCCCAGGAGACCCCUUGGCAGCUGCACACUCAGGCUCCAUCCAAGUUGGCUCUGCCCCUGGGGAAGGCUGCUCAAAAGGCCUGGCUCCCAGUUUCUGGGGACCCACAGAGAGCCUCUCACCUCGCAGCUCAGCUCCAUCCGCCUCCUGUGCCUGGCUGCGACCAGCUGGGUCUAACUAUAGACAGUCAGCAACUUCAGCCACUUCACCGAGUUUCCCAACAGCUUUGAGAUUUGGAAGCCGGAAGCCUGACUGCCUUCUCAGAAGCUACGGUCCACUACCUCAGCCAUUCUGUUGGAGCUGAACUGGCAGAUGAAGGUGAGACCCAGGCACCAUGGACCUCCUGGUCUCCUCAGGAAUGAAGGGCAUCGCUGUCUUCCUUGUCUUUAUCUUCUGCUGGACAACCUCCACCCUCAGCAGCUUCUGGCAGUUCCAGAGGAUGGUCAAACACAUCACGGGGCGCAGCGCCUUCUUCUCCUAUUACGGAUAUGGCUGCUACUGUGGGCUUGGGGGCCGAGGGAUCCCUGUGGACGCCACAGACAGGUGCUGCUGGGCUCAUGACUGUUGCUACCACAAGCUUAAGGAAUAUGGCUGCCAGCCCAUCUUGAAUGCCUAUCAGUUUGCCAUUGUCAACGGGACCGUGACCUGUGGAUGCACCAUGGGUGGCGGCUGCUUGUGCGGGCAGAAAGCCUGUGAGUGUGACAAACUGUCUGUGUACUGCUUCAAGGAGAACCUGGCCACCUACGAGAAAACUUUCAAGCAGCUCUUCCCCACCAGGCCCCAGUGUGGCAGGGACAAACUCCAUUGCUAGGCAGGCCACCGUCCCUCUGUCACCUGCUCUAGUCUGAGCCCUUCUGAAAAAAACUGUCUUCCCUUCCCCUCCAAGAGUCCCCAGGCUCCUGCAGCUCAGCCUUGCUGUCUAGGGAGUGUCUUCUCAGGCAUUAGGGGACCGGAGGUGGAGAAUUCCUGCCCUGGAAUCAGACCAUGGGUACCUGGCAAUUAAGUGAUACAUUCCGGCAGCAGGAAGCAAGGACACAAGGGAGCAGGGGUGGGGGGACAUCCUGCAAUCCCAGCAUUUGAGAGGUGGAGGCAAGAGGUGGGGGGUAGCCUCCACUAUACGGUAAGUUCAAGGCUAACCUGAGCUACCUGAGACCUUGCCUUGAAAAAACUUUUUUAAAAAACGUUUAAAGGAAAAGAAAACAGAAAGACACGGGGACUGGGCUGAAAGGUACUCUCAAACCGAUUUCCCAGGAAGAGCGGAGAGCCCCAGGUUCAGCUCCAGCCUGAACUCCCCCAUACCCUCAGUCCUGGUCAGGAUGUGUGUCUGACUGGGGAACCAAGUCCUCCACCCGGGUGGAGCUUAGCUGGGAACUACGCAGGUGUCCUAGAAAAUACAGUCCUAAGAGCCUCACCCGGAGUCUCAUCCCCAUUUGCUCCAGGACUGACCUCUGUAAAUCUUCCAGCAGGAAGCAGGCUGUACCCAUCUCAGGAGGUGGGGUGCUGUUAGAACAAUGGUGUGCACCAGUGACACAAAGAUGUCAUGGUUAAGAUGGCAUCAAGAAGUGGAAAGGACAUUCGGAACAGUGGGUCCAAGGCACCCAAAGUCCUCACCCCAAUUUAGAAGCCGUUGGUCCUGUAAGACUUAAAUCUACUAAACAAGGAAGGUCUAA